AUGGCUGCAUGUUUGGACCUGACCAAGCCUUUUUCUGCAGAGCUGCACGUCAUCAGACGGCUGAACAACACUUUGAGUCGACCCGGUGUUAGAGAUGGACUGAAACCUGCUGAGCGCUCGGCCCUAGCUCCGUUACGAUGUGACAUUCCCCUGUUGGACCCUUGCUGUGGGCACCUGAGCGCCGGAGCAGAGGUGAACCUGGGUAUUAAAGGUCGACAAACAUUUAUUGAUAUCCCACAUGUGGCCUCUGCUCUGUGGGUCCCUCCAGGUUUCAGAGAGAGACCCCAAACAUCUCCACGGCCCCACGGUAGCCUCUGUGAAGAUCUAUCCGAGGACAAGGCCUGGAGCUCGAGGAAGGUCCCGGAAUCUGCACUGAGAGCAAGAAUCAAUGGUUCAACCAGUUCUGUUCAAGUUCAACCCCACUCGGCGAGGACACGGAUGGAGUACGGCAGUAUUCCUGACAAACACACUGCAGUGCAGGAUGGAUUUUCUCCUGAUUUGAGGCUGUGGACAGACAACACGCUGGCAGUUCGACGCUUCAGAUUCACUUCUGCAACUCAGAGGAGUUACGAGGAAGUUGGUUGGGAUACAAAAUUACCACGGCGCUUGAAGGCACCGACGACAUCCCUGGAGAAAAUGGCCGACCCAGUGACGGAGCGACCUUCUUCAAGGAGGUACAAUAGCAGACCUCAGCUGUGGCAGUCUGUUGGAGCUGAAUGGAAUCGGCAGCAGCUUCGAUCCAGGAAUGACGCCAGGAAACCCAUAUCAUUCUGCAGUGGAUGUCCAAGAUCAGGGCAAAUCCCACUGUACAUGGGCACUGUUGGUUCCAAAAACAUGGACAACAUUGACAACAUGGAUGAAAACUUCUCCCCGCUGACCCUGAAGAGGAGCGUCCUGCCACCGUACACGCCCACAUCACGCCGAACUACUAUUCCUGGUUAUACAGGGAAGGCGGUCUAUGCUGACGCUGCUGCUGCUGCUGAUGCUGCAGUCUUAUUCCCAGCUGGAUCCAGUCCUGCAGGGGCCCCAGGGGUGGAUGCUUUCGUCCAUGCUGCGCCCCUGUCCCGAAUGGUGACCACCACGGCGCCCUGCAACCCCUUCCUGAGACCGACGCUUCCUGCCUCGUAUGCAAACACCCACAUUUACAUCUACAAGGAUUGCACUCGAGCAGCAGUCAAUUCUGGGUUUAAGCAGUGUGAUGGCAGUUCAUUUACUGUUAUCGGCAGCCGGCACAGAUUUGUUAAGGUUUAUCAAUUCCUUUACAUUGCAGUGAAUCCAGUCAAUCCAGUCGAAUAUCAGCUGACAGCCCUGUUUGUGUUGCUCACCUCACCUAUGAGCAUCCAAAAGUCGCCCUCUCUGCUCUCACGGACAAACCGAGGAGCUUUGAGGAAGUCGCGGAGUGUUGCUGCAAUCCUGAUGGUCGCGCACAGAGUUCCUCCUUCUGCAACCAACUGCCCCAAAGUCGUGGUUCUUAGGAGAUAA